GUCAGUCGUUCAGCUACUCGCCAGCAACUGCUGUUUCCCUUUCGCUUUCGCUUUAGAUUUCAGUUGAAGUUUUAGUUUUUCUUUUCUGACGCUGCUCAAGGAUGGGUUUCUUGAUCUUGGUGUUGACCUCGCUGCUCACUUUUGUGCUGGGCUAUUUGAGGCACUGCUACAAUUAUUGGGAGUUGCAGGGCGUGCCACAGUUGCGUCCGCACUUCAUCUAUGGCCACUUCUUCAAGCUGAAGUCGCUGCACCUUAGUGAACUGCUGCAGGAGACCUACGAUGCCUUCAAGGGCAAAGCACGCUUGGCUGGCACUUAUCUAUUCACACGACCGAUUGCCGUCGUCACAGAUCUGGAUCUGGCCAAGGUCAUACUGAUCAAGGACUUUAAUAAGUUCGUGGAUCGGUCGAGUUCAGCGUCGCUAAAUCUACAGGACAAUCCACUGGCGGGGCAUCUCUUCAAUCUGCACGGCGAGGAGUGGCGAGCACUGAGAACGAAACUGUCGCCAACAUUUACCAGUGGCAAAAUCAAGUACAUGUUUAGCACAAUCACUGAAGUGGCAGAUCAACUGCAGCAAACCUUUGACCAGGAGGUGGGCGAUGAUGGUGCCGUUCUGGAGCUGCACGAUCUGCUGGGUCGCUACACCAUCGAUGUCAUCGGCAGUUGUGCCUUUGGCGUGAAGUGCAACAGCCUCAAGAAUCCGCAGGCCGAGUUUCGAGUGGUGGGUCGAAAACUGUUCAACAAUCCCAAAUUCAAUGUGCGCUGGGCUCUCUUCAGGAUGACCUACGCGAAUCUGUUCCGCAAACUGCCAAUUAAGUUCAAAUCCUUCGGCCAGGAGCAUACCAAAUUCUUUCUACGCCUCGUCCAGGACACAGUUGAUCUGCGCGAACGCGAGAAUAUUAAACGAAAUGAUUUCAUGGACCUAUUGUUGAAUUUGCGCAAAACUGGUGAAAGCAGCGGCUUAUCGGUGGAGCAGCUGGCUGCCCAAGUCUUUGUCUUCUUCGUUGCCGGCUUCGAGACGAGCUCCAGCAACAUGAGCUGGGCCCUCUUCGAGCUGACCAAAAACCAAUCCAUCCAGGCCAAGCUCAGAGAUGAAAUCCUAAGUGUGCUGCAAAAACAUGGUAAACUAACCUACGAGGCUAUGAUGGAGAUGACGUACUUGGAUCAGGUCGUCAAUGAGACUCUUCGCAAGUAUCCGGCACUGGCAUCGCUGACUCGCAUUCCCGCCGAGGAUUACAAGUUGCCCAGUGAUGAUGAGAGUAACUCAGAUGGCCACAUAGUGCUGGAGCGUGGUAUUAAGGUGCAUAUUCCAGUGCGUGCCAUACACUAUGAUCCCGAGAUCUAUCCGGAACCACACGAAUUCCGGCCGGAGCGCUUUGAGCCGGCGGCCACCCAGCAGCGGCAUCCGUUGGCAUUCCUCGGCUUUGGCGAUGGGCCGCGCAACUGCAUCGGUCUGCGCUUCGGACGGAUGCAGGUGAAAGUGGGUCUCAUCACGCUGCUCGCCGCCUUCCAGUUUAGCCAGAAGGGUUCCGAAAUUCCGAUCGUUACCAAUUCGCAUUUCGUGCUGGUGCCCAAAAACGGUGUCAAGAUUCGUGUGGAUCGACUACCGGCUGAUUGGUGGUCAGAUUACAAGUCUCGACAAGUGUAAAUAAUAGAAAUUCAAUAAAAUCGCUGCAUAAACAAA